CACCCAUCCAGCCAAUGUAUCCCUCCAUUGAUCCAUCCAAGCACGUGUUCGUCUGCCCGUCUAGUUGCCGGUGUCGGCAGUUUCUUGUGUCUCGGUCUCGGCGUCGCCCUCUACCGUGUGGACGACCUCGGGGCGGUGGUGCUUCACUGUCUGUGGGGGGGCAGCGCCAGGCGCAACGAUGUAGACUGUGAUCAGAUCACAGACACAAACAACACAGGCGGUCAUGGGGUAUGUCAUGUCGGUUGUCUGUCUGUGUGAGGGAGGGUGUCUGGCUCACUCUUGAUGUCCUGUGCGGUGUCUUCUGGUCCGGCCUUGCCCUCGGGGUCCCAGGGGAGUGCGCGGAUGAAGAAGGUGCCGCCGCCGUUGAUCAUCCAGUCGGGGAGCGGCGUGUACGUCUCGCCCUUCUCGUCGCCGAACAGCGUGUACGGUCUGCACACACGUGACAAGUGAGCGAAUGGCAGCUCAUGUGAUGUGUAUGUGUGUGUGGUGUCGUCUGGUAUGUUGUCUGUCUGUGUGCGGGGGUCUUACGAGGACUCGUCGAAUCCGGUGCCGGCCUGUCCGCCGACGCCCUCUGUGGGGAUGACGGUGCGGUGCAUGUCCAUGACGCGCCACUCGACCUUCGAGAUGGUCUCCACGCUCAGCGUGCCGCACUCAGACGCUUUGAACGUGAACUUCUUGCCGGGCCAUGCCUGAUGACACCCAGCAAUACACCAACACACCACACACACAUUGACGGCGUGUCUUCGUUGGUGUCAUGUCUGUGUGGCGGGCGGGCGUACCUGAUUUGUGUCGAGGACGUAGGUGAAGCCGUGCAUGAGCAUCGUGUUGGCGUCGCCGGUGAGGACCUCGCCGUAGGCGUUGGUCAUCUGCAUCUUGCGCAGGCUGGUCUUGGAGUCAUCCGGGGUGUCCGGCAGCACCUUGAGGCCCGCGAGCUGACGCCUGGCGCCUGCUGGGGGGGCCACCGGCUUGUUGUCCUCGUCCAAGACGACCAGCUCCAGACCCUUGAGAAGCGGCUCUGUGAUUGGACAGGGAGGGGAGGGGACAGACAGGCAAGGCAGUGUGCGGGGCGUCCUCUCCCUGUCAGUUAUGUGUCGUCUUGCGUGGUGCGGUGCAUUCUAACCGAAGUCGAUGCAUCCGCAGUCAGGGAGGAUCUUCACUGAAGCCAAAAACCACACAAACAAACCAGACACACAGGCACAUGUCAUGUCCACUGUCCCACGGCACGCGCCGCGCCCACUGCCCGUGCCACCACCCAUCCCAUCCCCCCACCCCACCUGAGAAGUAUUUGGGCACGCCAGGGUCGCCCACGGCGUUGUAAGGCGUGGCCCUGAGUGUGUAUCCGCCGCCACAUCCCUCAAGUUCCUUGAUCCAGUCGGGUGCGCCCAUGUACUUGGCCUUGGGCUCGCCGGCCGCCAGGGUGGUGACGGUCUUGCCGAAGGCCGAGUAGGGGCGGGACUGGUCGCCGUUGGGCGAGCGGCCGUCCACGGACGAGAUGGUCAGACGCUCCCAGUCAAGGAACUCUGUGUGACGUGAUAGAGACAACGAAUACCGACACGUGAGUGUGUGUGGAGGGGCGGUGCGCUGUGGCUGCGUGUGGUGUGGUGUGGGGGGAGGGUGUUAUGUUACCGAAGAGAACCGAUGUGGUGUCGGCUGAGGCCGUGGCGAGGAAGGUGAAAUCGCUGACCUCGUUCUGCUGGUACAUGACCUGGUGGCGGUUCUGGUACUAUAGCACACAACACAACACACAACACACGACACAGCACAACGCACCAGACACCACUCACGUCAGUCACCGUCACGGCGAUUUCCCCACCCACCAAAGGCCCUCCCUCCCUCGUAUGUGCCGUGCCCCGUCCGUACCAGUGGCGUCUUCAUGUAGAGUUCUCCCUUCUUGUCGGGGAACCGGUCGUCGUACAGGAGUGCGAACUCGACGGUCUCCAGCCUGGGGCCGUCCAGCGUCCUCUCCUGGUCCACGCAAGUCCAGUCCGAACCGUCGCCAGGCGGGCACAUCUCGAGCAUCGGACGGCACUGGGAAUAACCCUGAGCAAUGAAGCGCGGGAGACACACACACAGAACGCAGGCAAACAAACGUCAAGGCAGCCAGCCAGGUAGCCGUUGGGGCGUGACGUGGCGUGGCGUGGUGCGGUGUGCUGCUCACCGCGUCCUUUUGCUUGCAGGUGUAGCCGUACUCCUCGCAGCACUUGGUCUCUGUGCAGUCCUGCAGCGACGCCACACACGUGGGCGGGUCUCCUGCACACAACACACGACAAGCAGAGACAGGCAGACGAUGUCGAAACGAGGGUUCCCCGGCCCGUGUUUUGGCAGAAACGUGGCCAUCGACACGCAGCGCCCUUCGGCAGCCGUGCUCACCCCGUGCAAAGACGACGAGCGAGGCCACUGACGCGGCGACGAGGAGAGCAAGCUUCAUCCUGCCUGGCGAGGGGGGGAAGGGGUGGGCGAACGCCUGCUGCUCGAGUUGGAGGGUUUUCAGGUGUUGUUCGGCGCUGGAGAGAGUUUUUCU